AUGCCGCCAGACGAGAGCUCCCCCCACGCCCCGGUACAGAUCGACCACCUGGCCCUCCCGCACGUCUUCGAAGCGAUCCUCGCGGCCUCCUCGCUCCCCUCGCUGCUCGCCUUCCGAGCGACCGCACGGGCCGUGCACGACCAGGUCGACGACCUGCUCGUGACGCCGCACAUCGCCAUCGCCUCCGACGGCCACACGCUCGCCGUGCGCGACGACGGCACACCCGCCGCCCGCAUCCCAAAGCAGGACUGGACGACCACCCCGGCCCUCGUGCAGCGCGUGACGACCCUCAGUGUCCACAACCCGGCGACCACGACGUCGCGCGUCUCGACGUGCGGCGACGACGGGUUCGACGACGGCGAUGCAGGUUGCGAGCGGGCUAUGCACGACGUCGCGGCCCUCAAGCGCCUGCUGCGCUCGCUCCACCCCUCGGUGGUGCGGUUCGUCAACUACGAGUGCGCCGACAUGGUCACGCUCGAGGCGCUGCGGAUCUUCCCGCACGCGGUCGCGCAGGUCGACAUGCUGCCCGAGACGCCGAUGCAGGCCUCCCCGCCGGAAGCGUACCUCCCGCCACUGCACGCGCGCGAGGUGACCCUCAACCUCGGCUGGGACCCAGUCUAUGCCAACCUGGCCAAGUUUAGUCGGCUCAACGUGCGCUUUGCGCCGAGCGUCCGCGCGUUGAAUGUGCUGUUCACGCCGAGGCCGGGCGCAGCGCCGCAGCCUGAUCCGCGGAAGGGCAGGCCAGCGUGGCGCGGCGGCGGCGGGCUGCUUAUCGACCAGGUAUGCUGGCUCGUCGCGAGCUUUCUGGCGCGGUCCAACGCCAACAACCUGCCUCGGGUCACGCUCGUCGACGUCGAAGCGUGGGACCCGACAUGGUACGUCAACGGCUCGAUGGCAUCCCCGCCGUUCGUUACCCGUCCCCGCGUGUUCAAGCUCUCGACGACGAUACAGACGGAGCUCACCCGCAACUAUGGCCUCACGCCGGCCGAGGCCGCUACGAGGACACGCACGAUCGAGUUUCCGCGGCUGGAUGAGUAUGUUGGGAGCGUGGGUAAGGAGUUUCACGACCUCGUGAGGGGGUAG